GUGCCUGGGUGGCUCAAUCGGUUAAGCAACUAACUCAUGAUUUUGGUUCAGGUCAUGAUCUCACGGUUCUGAGAUCAAUACCCGCUUUGGACUCUGUGCUCCAAUUUCUCCUUGAGAUUCUGCUUGAGAUUCCCUCAGCUCCUCCGCCCCUCUAAAAUAAAAUCUUAAAAAAAAAAAAAGAUUUAUUUAAGUAAUCUCUACACCCAGCGUGGGGCUCAAACUCAUGACCCGGAGAUCAAGAGUUGCGUGCUCCACAGAUGCCCCAAAGGUGUUUGUAUUUCUAAGAAGAUGAAAUAGAAACUGGUGGAAAAGUUAUCUGUAUGUAGUCCGGUUACUUAAAGUCACUGGUUGCUUUUUUAUCACUUUUUUAUCACCUUUUUACUUCUUGCAGGAAUUGUUUUGACAUAGUUGUAUUUAUACAUAUGCAUAAAUCUUAGGUCUUUUUAACUUAAUAGAAUAAGAAUGUUAAACACAACCUUCAUAAACAAUUCUAAUGACAUUCUGUGAAGUGGAUGAACGAUCAUUUAUUGUGGGAUGUUUAGCUUUCCAAUUUUUGCUAUAAAUACUUUGGGAACAUUUUUGCACAAGUAUUUUGUAUUGAGAUUGUGUCUAAAAAUAGUUGACCAGCAUUUUAAGACUUUCUACUCCUGUUACCAGAUUGCAUUAAAAACGAUUGAACCAGUUCACAGAUAGAUGGGGUUUAGCUAUGCUGCUUUGUCAAAUGUAUUGAACUGUUUUAUGUGCUAGGCACUGUUCUCAGCACUUGUAGUAUGAAGUGAACAAAUAGGAAAAAAAUGUUUACCCUUGUGAAAUUUAAGGAGGGAAGGGGAAAUGAGAACUUUAAAAAGUAUCUUUGGGGCUGUCAACAUUUUUAUUCCCCAACUUAACUUUUCCCUGUUAAUGGAAAAAACUACUGAUGUUCUUAAAUAUGAAGUGUGUAAAACCUAUUUAAAUCUGUUCAUGUAUUGGGCGGGGAGAGGGGAUUGGGGACUGAUGCUGCAGGAAUAUGAAAAGCUAUCUUGGGGGAGGAAUUUAAAAGAAAUAGAAGAUAUCAUUUGGCCAGAUGCAUGCAUCAUCGAUUUCAUUGCCAGUUUUCUAUUACCUGUGAAUUUGAGCAUUUCUCCAUUCUUCAUCUUUGGUUUUACGUUAUUGUAUUCGUUGUUUACUUUUAGCUUUCAGAUGAGUGUGCUAUGCUACUUUUGUUGCUGGUACUGUCUUCCGCAAUUUGGACGGAAAGCUGGCAGAUGCGGAAAUUGAUUGCUGAACAAUUUUGUACUCUGGUUUUGGGAUUUCAAAAAUAAGAUACAUUUUAUGCUCUUUGGAAGCUUAUCAUCUAAGACUCGAUCUUAAACUCAGAGCCUAAGAAUCCCGGGCUAUGUUUGUUUAAAAUGCAGUUUCUCAGGUUCCCGCCCCCACCAGAACUUUUGAUUCAUUGGGUAGGGUGUGAAGGGCACAGGUAAUUAAAAUUUAAUUAGUCUUCAUGACUGUCUCAAUGCGUGCAGAUGAUUCGCAUUGAGAAACAUUACAAAUAGGUACUAAUAGAUAAAUGUUAGAUAAGAUGUCCUCACUUGCAGGCCGGAAGAAGCACACACUGGGCCCAGUUGACGUAGAAACUUUGGUCCUCAGCUGAAGAGCAGUCUCGAAUUCCGGACAAUCUCAGACUCACACUAGCUGUCCGGGCGAGUUCGUCUAAGUCCCGGAGUCGCCUGGAGCGCCGCGUUUGCCCCUGUAUCCGCGCGCUCCACCGGAAGCUCCACCUUUUCCCCCUGGGUUCCGCCCCCUCUGCCGGUGGGUCCCGCCCCUCCCCUGGCCGACCGCCAACGACGCCAGAGCAGGAAAUGACGACAUCAGCGAAGCCUUUUGGGCGGGGCCUGGACCGGCUGCUCCAGAGGCUGCGAUUUCACAUCGGAAACAAAACAGCGGCUGCUCGGGAAGGAGCUUGCUCUGCGAGCGGCGGGUGGCGGCGGCGGCAAGGGAAGAGUAGACCUAAUCCGGAAGCCUGCAAGUGACAGCAGCCUGUGAGGUCCUUAGAAAGUUUGGUCUGGAGAAGAACACAUGAAAGAAAGAACCCCAAGAGGCUUUGUUUUCUGUGAAAAAGUGUUUCUAUACGGUUGCUCCAAUGACAGAGUUACCUGCACCCUUGUCCUACUUCCAGAAUGCACAGAUGUCCGAGGACAACCACCUGAGCAAUACUGUACGUAACCAGAAUGACAGUAGAGAACGGCAUGAGCACACCAGCGAAAGGCGGAGACAUGGCAACCCCGGGCCAUUAUCUAAUGGACGACCCCAGGGUAACUCACGGCAGGUGGUGGAACAAGAUGAAGAAGAAGAUGAAGAGCUGACAUUGAAAUAUGGCGCCAAACAUGUGAUCAUGCUCUUUGUACCCGUGACUCUCUGUAUGGUGGUGGUGGUGGCUACCAUCAAAUCAGUCAGCUUCUAUACCCGGAAGGAUGGACAGCUAAUCUAUACCCCAUUCACGGAAGAUACAGAGACUGUGGGGCAGAGAGCCCUGCACUCAAUUCUGAAUGCUGCUAUCAUGAUCAGCGUCAUUGUUGUCAUGACUAUUCUCCUGGUGGUUCUGUAUAAAUACAGGUGCUAUAAGGUCAUUCAUGCCUGGCUUAUUAUUUCAUCUCUGUUGUUGCUGUUCUUUUUCUCAUUCAUUUACCUGGGGGAAGUGUUUAAAACCUACAAUGUUGCCAUGGACUACAUUACUGUUGCACUCCUGAUCUGGAAUUUUGGUGUGGUGGGAAUGAUUGCCAUUCACUGGAAAGGGCCUCUGCGACUCCAGCAGGCAUAUCUCAUUAUGAUCAGUGCCCUCAUGGCCCUGGUAUUUAUCAAGUACCUUCCAGAAUGGACAGCGUGGCUCAUCUUGGCUGUGAUUUCAGUAUAUGAUUUAGUGGCUGUUUUGUGUCCAAAAGGCCCACUUCGUAUGCUUGUUGAAACAGCUCAGGAGAGAAAUGAAACUCUCUUUCCAGCUCUUAUUUACUCCUCAACAAUGGUGUGGCUGGUGAAUAUGGCAGAAGGAGAUCCAGAAGCCCAAAGGAAUGUAUCCAGAAACUCCAAUUAUAAUGCACAAAGCACCGAAAGCGAGACCCAAGACCCUGUGACAGAGAGCGAUGAUGGUGGCUUCAGUGAAGAGUGGGAAGCCCAGAGGGACAGUCACCUAGGGCCUCAUCAUUCUACGACUGAGACACGAGCUGCUGUGCAGGAACUUUCCAGCAACAUCCUUGCCAGUGAGGAUCCAGAAGAAAGGGGAGUAAAACUUGGAUUAGGAGAUUUCAUUUUCUACAGUGUUCUGGUUGGUAAAGCUUCUGCAACAGCCAGUGGAGACUGGAACACAACCAUAGCCUGUUUCGUAGCCAUAUUAAUUGGUUUGUGCCUUACAUUGUUACUCCUCGCCAUUUUCAAGAAAGCAUUGCCAGCUCUUCCGAUCUCUAUCACUUUUGGGCUGGUUUUCUACUUUGCCACAGAUUAUCUUGUACAGCCCUUUAUGGACCAGUUAGCAUUCCAUCAAUUUUAUAUUUAGCAUAUUUGCAAUUAGAAUCCCAUGGAUUUUUCUCCUUUGACUAUAAUAAAAUCUGGGGAGGACAAAGAUGAUUUUCCUGUGUCCACAUCUAACAAAGGCAAGAUUCCCAGCUGGACUUUUUGCAGUUUCCUUCCAAGUCUUCCUGACCACCUGUACCAUUGGGCGCUGGAAGGAGGUAUCUACAGAAAAUGGUUUGGACAUACGUCAUUGUGAUGGACUGAGUCCCUCGGUGCAAAAACUACCAGAUUUGAGGGACAAGGCUGAGGAGCAGGGACGGACCAUGAAGUUGCUGUGCUCCCACCAGCAGUGUAACCCUUGGUCACAGGUGGAUUUUACCAACACUGCAGACUCUCAGGACUACCAUUACCAAGAAAUUAAAUGGCGUGGUUUAAACCAAACAGGACUCUUCAUCUUAAACUACAUGUUGAAGAUCAACCUAAUAAACUUGUCUUGAAUUCUGAACCUUUUCCAGAGGUACUGUAAGGAGAGCGAGCACCAGCAGCAAGAUGAAAAGGUUUUUGAAAAGGGGCUCCAACUUUCACUUUCAGACCUUUUUGCUGCAGACUUAACCAUUUUUAGAUAAGACAUUUUUUUUUCCACCUUGAGUCAAGUCAGGUGUCUAGGUUGAUUUUUUGAAAAGUCUCGUUUUCAAGCACUGAAACUCAGUACCAUCAACGGUUGCCAUUUCUUCCCACGGCCAGUCUGAACUGAUUUGAGGUUGCUUUAUCCUAAAAGUCUUAACCUCAGGUUCCAAAUUCAGUAAUUUCUGGAAAGAAUGGAACUGUAUCCAAAUGGUUUCCUAUUAGCCUUAGGUGCAUUUUGGAUUUUCCACCAAAUUCUUUAUUUUUAGACAUACUUGUAGGUUCACGUGCCCCUGGAUGCUUCCAUUCUUCCCGUCUUUCCCUGACUCCCGCAUAAGCAUUCUCUUAUACAGCAAAUGAGACAGCUCUGUUGUGGUAACAGAUGACCCAGUUACUCUAGGAUUUUACUCUUUGUGUGGUGCAAAGAAUGUGUUCUGAAUCAGUGCUGUCAGCCUCGCUGUCAUAAUUUCUUCAAUAGCAAAUACAAUGUGUGCCCUAAGACAGUGGAAUUAAAGACGAAUAAAAUGGCUGGUGAAGCA